UCGUGCUAGCUAACGUGGCUACUGAACUCCAGGAGCGCUUUUGCUAUUUUAUAUAGUGUACUACAAUAGCAUAAAUACAAAUAUGCCCGACGACAACAUGGAGACGGCACACACAGUUACUUGCACCGCUCCUGUGAAUAUAGCUGUCGUUAAAUACUGGGGGAAGAGAGAUGAGGAGUUAAUUCUACCCAUUAACUCAUCUUUGAGUGUCACACUUCAUCAAGAUCAGCUGAAAACAACUACAACUGUAACAACCAGCAAGUCUUUUCGGGAAGAUCGACUAUGGCUCAACGGGAAGGAGGAGGAUAUCAGCCAUCCGAGACUACAGUCCUGUCUGAGAGAAAUUCGACGCCUUGCAAGGAAAAGACGUAAUGACGCUGACCCGGAUUUGGAUUCAACUUGUUUGUCUCAUAAAGUUCACAUCUGUUCCAUCAACAAUUUCCCCACUGCUGCUGGACUUGCUUCCUCUGCAGCUGGUUUUGCAUGUUUAGUGUACACGCUGGCCCAGGCGUUUGGUGUAGAAGGGGAAUUGUCUGGGGUUGCUCGUCAAGGUUCAGGCAGUGCAUGCAGGAGUAUGUAUGGGGGGUUUGUCCAGUGGAUCAUGGGGCAUCAGAGGGAUGGCAAGGACAGCCAUGCCCAGCAGGUGGAGCCAGAGACUCAUUGGCCUGAACUGAGAAUACUUGUGCUUGUGGUUAGUGCUGAGCGCAAACCUGUGGGGAGCACCUCUGGCAUGCAAACUAGCGUACAAACCAGCUGUCUCCUAAAGCACCGGGCCGAGUCAGUUGUUCCUGGUCGCAUGGUAGAGAUGAUUGAAGCAGUGCGCAGGAAAGACUUUACUGCUUUUGCUGAACUAACCAUGAAGGACAGUAACCAGUUUCAUGCCACCUGCCUGGACACAUACCCUCCUAUAUUCUACCUCAAUAGCGUGUCUCAUCGAGUCAUCAACAUGGUGCAUCGCUAUAAUCAACACUACGGUGAGACUAGGGUGGCGUACACCUUUGAUGCAGGACCCAAUGCUGUGAUAUUCACUUUACAGCAGCACGUUCCUGACUUUACUCAAGCUGUCCGACAUUUCUUCCCUCCAGAAACCAAUGGAGGAGAGUUUAUUAAAGGUCUUUCUGUUCCUCAAACUGACAUUUCUGCAGAGUUGAAACAAGCUAUUGGUUUGGAGCCCAUGCCAACAGGAAUUAGCUACAUUAUCAGCACUAAGGCUGGUCCAGGUCCGUGCAUUGUGAAGGAUCCCACACAGCAUCUGCUUGGACCUGAUGGGUUACCAAAGCACACUGUGAGGCAUCAUGCACAAGAAGGAGACAACGGAGUAAAUCACAAAAAUAGUUGCUAAUGGGUAACUGCAUUUUUUAUGGGACUCAAUUUAGGCAUUGACAAAUUAUUUUUUUUAGGAUGGCUCUCUUUAGUAAUUACAUUUUUACAAAAAAAACAACAACUGAGAAUUAUGGAUUUUGUCCUAGAGGUUGUGAAUGUGUCAUGGUUUCACCAAGACACUAAACUAUGAACUGUGCUCAUGGCGCUGUGUUAUUGUGUAACAUGAAAUCAUGUAAUAUAAUACUGCUUAUAUCAGAUUAUGUAUUUCCCAGCAGUCACUGAAAAAUAAAAUGUUUCCUUUCACUGUGUAUUUCUGUUUGGUGAAUUUGUUUGACUGUUGAGUGUAAAAGGUGAGGAAAAAGGAAAAGGUCUAAGCCAUAGCAAGUCUAGAUACUUGUAUAGGUGUGGAAAUAACUGUUAAACAUUUUAACAGUUGGAAGUUGAAA